AUGUCGGACGUCCCCGUAAAGAUGGACGGCCACCUCAACGAAGGAGCAUUGCGGCCACACUUUCUGCUGAGACUCGAGACCGCACGGAUCAUGCCGGAGGCAAGUGAUAACUUGAAGGUGAAUACAAUAGUGAUAAAUCCCCAACCGUUCUACUCGCAGGUCUUUCAAGACCUGAAGAACCCAGAUCUGCGAGACUCGUCGGUGAGGCCUCUCAUGACUACUUCGUCCACGCUCGAGGGUGUGAACAACAGUCCGUCAGGACCCUCACAGACCACGGGCCUGCGAUGGCAAAACAUAAACCCCGAGAGUUACAUGGCAUCUCUAGAGGCGCCAGACCCCGUGCUUGGCCCCGUGCUGGAUCCUCAACUCCAAGAUUCUACGUCCGCAGUCGCUCGCGCAGACCACUGGCUGCGGGAUCCUUCGCAGGCACCUCGUGAAGGUCAAUCAAGCGAGCGCAACCAUACCGACCAGGGUCUUCCUCCAAGAGUCCCAGCUCCUACUCACGCGCCUCACCUACUCCCGCAACAGCCAGUGUCUCUGACUCCGGUAUCGUCGCACACUCACACAGCGCAAGGCAUAGAGGCAAUCCCCCGCUCGUCAACAGAUAAUGCAGAAGACUGGUUCUGUGUCCUCCCCGCUUCGUCGAUGUCUCACCUUCCGUUUAUCUUAUCCCAUUUAUCCGCGCGGUCGCCUCAAGGCCGAAACCCGUGGGUGCCAGACCCUCACGUCCUGACUAAUGCUGUUCAGGUGUACACGCCGGCAACGGCGAGCGGUCAUCUCGGGCCAUCCGUUCCGUCUCAGCCAAAGCCUUCCUACUAUCUGAUUCCUCUACGAGAUGCUACGCAGACGCAAUUGAAGCCAGCAGAGUGCUCCGAGUUGGGUGCCCCCGAGUCCGCUCCCGCGCCCAUGGCUCCGGCAGGCUCAGACCCUGCGCCAGAGAAACAGCUGCGCCGCAAGCACAAGCCGCACAAGCCCAGGUCGUGUAUGCACUGCAAGAGCAUGGAGUGCCCCGGCAGGUGGAGGUUCUACAGGUGUCCGAUCUUGAUGGCUAAGAAACAGGCGGCGUUGGGUGUCGUGCAACCUGUAGCAUGUGCAUCACCUACGGAUGUGAAUGCUGCUGCAACAGAUGGGGGACAAGCGGACGAAGCCGUUGCUUCCGGCGGGACGUCCGGUGGGAGAACCACAACUGAUUGA